AUGCCGUUGGGACGUGAGCAUCUCUGCAGUGCCGCCAUCCGUUGGUUGCACAUACGUACUGUAUGCAAUAUUCCCUGGGCUCCGUUAGCCGCGUUGCGUGUGUGUGUGGCUAUCGGGGGAUACGGGCUGGCAGUUGCAACACCAAAUCUACCGCAGCAUGGUGUACAUAGAUGCAUGCAUAGGUGGAUAGCACCGGUGACGCGGGCAUUUCCGGCCUGA